CCUAAUUAUAAAUUGUUGCAUCCGCGACAUUUGGCUUUUUACUAUUUGACCGGCGGCUCCGAUCUCCCUUCCCUCUUGUUUGCGGCUUCUGUUACGAGCUUCUCAAAAAUGAAGGUGGUCGCUGCGUAUUUGUUGGCCGUACUCGGUGGCAACACCAGCCCCGGACUCGAUGAUGUGAAGUGUAUUCUUAAUUCAGUUGGGGCUGAGGUGGAUGAGGACAGGAUUGACUCGCUAUUAUCCCAAGUGAAAGGAAAGGAUAUCACAGAGUUGAUAGCCUCCGGACGGGAGAAGCUAGCGUCAGUUCCAUCUGGUGGCGGUGCAGUCGGCAUCGCCGCCCCUGCCGGCGGUGUCGCUGGUGGUGGUGCAGCACCAGCCGCAGCCGAGCAGAAGAAAGAGGAGAAGGUCGAGGAGAAAGAAGAAUCUGACGAUGAUAUGGGUUUCAGCCUCUUUGACUGAGAAACUCAUUUGGCGUCAUUAUCAGUUAGUAUUUUUGUUGAAUUUGGUUCAAGUUUCAGGGCUGUGGUAGCUUGAUAGAGGUUUUUCUUUUUGACUUGUUUGGAACUCAAAAAUUUUGAUAGAUGAAUUUCAACAUUUCAGUGAUGACCACCAUUUCAAUUGUGUGAGAUUAAUGACUCCCAAAUGGUUCUUA